UAGGCUUCAUGGAGGGUAGGGGGGUGGGGGGAGACUGCUAUAUAUAAGGUUCCGGGAGGCCGAACACCCACACUUGCCUCAGGGCCUCGUUAUCACGGUAACUCGUUACUCUGAGCAUAAUGCUGUGUAUUGUAGUGGUGACUAUGGUGGUGGCGGCGUCGCUGGCCCGCCCUCACGACGACACCAGGGACUGCCACACUUACUGCGUCAAACCUGAAGGGCGCCACAGAGGCUCGACAUACUGCUGUGGCCCAGAUCAAGUUCCAUACUUGAAGGAAGAAAAACAUCGUGGCGUGUGUGAAGCUCCUCUGAAACGUUGCUCGAAGCGUCCUGCUGCUCGAACCAAGAUGUGCCCGCAUGAUGGCCACUGUCCGACGAACCAAAAGUGCUGCUUCGACACGUGUCUCGACUACCAUACUUGUAAACCUCCACUUGGGCUCUGACUCCUCCCGCACAAGAUUUGUUUUUUUUAAACUAGUAUUAUAGGUAUAAUCUUUGUUCUAUUAAAAUUUAAACUUAAA